CGACCGCUGCUUCACCUUGUUCACUUUACCUUGGAGCAGUAAGGGCGGAAGUGCCUAGGAGAAAGAGAAGCCCAGCUGGGUCUAUGGAGCCAGAGCAAAGGGGAAUUUUCCUUUCCUGACCAAAGCAAGAUGGACUGCUAUACAGCCAACUGGGAUCCUUUGGGGGAAGCAGCUUAUUACAGGAAACUAGAUCUCUACAGCAUGGGCUGGAGCCUGAAGGAAGACUUGCAGGACUGCUUGGUUGCCGCUGCUCCUUACGGAGGACCCAUCGCGUUGCUGAAAACCAAGAAAGAGAAAUCUCCCAGUUCCCGUCCUCCUCUCGAAAUCUAUACUUCAUCCGGGGUCCUCUUAGCCAGCAUCCCAUGGAAGAACAGCCCAGCAGUGCACCUCGGCUGGACGACCAGCGAGGACCUCCUUUGCGUCCAGGAGGAUGGCUCAGUCCUUGUCUACAGCCUCUUCUGCGAGUUCAAGAAGUGCUUCAGCAUGGGCAAUGAAGUGCUGCAGAACCGUGUGCUGGAGGCCAAAGUGUUUCACACCGAAUACGGGACCGGUGUGGCCAUUCUCACGGGGGCACACCGCUUCACCAUGACUACCAACAUUGCCGAUUUGAAGCUCCGCCGGCUGCCCGAGGUGCCAGGUCUUCAGAAACCCCCCUCCUGCUGGACAGUCCUGUGCCAAGACAGAGUGACCAUCAUCCUCCUUGCCGUGGGGCAAGAUCUGUACCUCCUGGACAAUACGACCUGCUCCCUAGUGACUUUGCCUGGGCUGAGUCCGCAGGCAGGCUCCUAUCUGCGGAUGGCUGUCUCUUUUAACUACCGCUUCCUGGCCCUCUUCACCGACACCGGAUACCUCUGGACGGGGAGGUCCCACUUAAAGGAAAAACUGGGUGAGUUCAACUGUGAGUUUCGAGCUCCGCCAAAGCAGAUGGUUUGGUGUACGCGGUCACGCAGCAAGCAGCGUGCGGUGGUCAUGGCUUGGGAUCGACGGCUCCUGGUGGCUGGGAAAGGAGAUCAGUGCAUUCAGUACCCUCUGGAUGAAGAGUCAUACCUUGUGCCGGAGCUGGAUGGUGUGCGAAUUUUCUCCCGCUCCACUCAUGAAUUCCUUCACGAGAUUCCAGAGGCCAGCCAGGAAAUCUUCAGGAUUGCCUCCAUGGCACCCGGAGCUUUGCUGCUAGAGGCUCAGAAGGAGUACGAGAAAGAAAGCCAGAAGGCAGAUGAAUAUUUGCGGGAGAUCAAGGACCAGAAUUUGCUCCCUGAAGCAGUCAGGCAAUGCAUUGAAGCCGCCAGCUACGAACACGAGCCAGAAAUCCAGAAGUCUCUUCUCCGGGCGGCCUCCUUUGGGAAAUGCUUCAUUGACAAGUUCCCACCGGAAAGCUUUGUGGAGACGUGCCGAGACCUACGGGUGCUGAACGCCAUCCGCGAUUACCAGAUCGGCAUCCCUCUCAGCUUUGACCAAUACCGACAGCUUACCACUGAGGUUUUACUGGACAGGCUGGUUCUGCGGAGACUUUACCCGGUCGCUAUCAAGAUCUGUGAGUACCUGCGUCUCUCUGAGUUCCAAGGCAUCAGCCGAAUCUUGGCUCACUGGGCUUGUUACAAGGUGCAGCAGAAAGACAAGUCUGAUGAAGAAGUUGCACAGGCCAUUAACCAAAAACUGGGUGAUACCCCUGGCAUCUCAUAUUCAGAGAUCGCUGCUCGGGCAUAUGACUGCGGACGGACAGAGCUGGCCAUUAAGCUUCUGGAGUAUGAGCCUAGAUCUGGGAAGCAGGUCCCUCUGCUGCUGAAGAUGAAGAGGAGCCAGCUGGCAUUGAGCAAAGCCAUUGAGAGUGGAGACACCGACUUGGUGUACACCGUCAUCUUGCACCUGAAGAAUGAACUCAACCGUGGCGCUUUCUUCAUGACCCUGCAGAACCAGCCGGUUGCGAUGAGCCUCUAUCGGCAGUUCUGCAAGCACCAGGAACUGGACACGCUCAAAGACCUCUACAACCAAGACGAUGACCAUCAAGAGCUUGGCAACUUUCAUGUGCGCUCCAGCUAUGUCAAUGAGAAGCGGAUCGAGGGUCGUGUAUCCAGUUUGCAGAAUGCAGUGGAUGAGUAUUACAAAGCGAAGAAUGAGUUUGCGGCCAAGGCCACAGAAGACCAGAUCAAGCUUCUUCGCUUUCAGCGGCGCCUCCAGGAUGACUUUGACAAGCCAUACCUGGACUGUUCCCUCCAUGACACUGUUUACAACCUCAUUCUGGAGGGGAACCACAAGCGAGCUGAUCAGCUUUAUCGGGAUUUCAAGAUCCCCGACAAAAGGUUCUGGUGGCUGAAGAUCAAUGCCCUGGCUGAACAAGGAGACUGGGAAGAGAUGGAGAAGUUCUCCAAAUCGAAAAAGUCCCCCAUCGGAUACUUGCCUUUUGUUGAGAUCUGUAUGAAGCACCACAACCGCCAUGAGGCCAGGAAGUUUGCUCCCCGUGUUGCUCCAGAGCAAAGAGUGAAGGCCUUCCUCUUGGUUGGGGACCUGAACCAAGCUACAGAGGCUGCCAUUGAACGCAAAAGCGAGGCCGAGAUGAACCUCAUCCUGUCCAAAUGCAACGAUGCCACCAUCACUGCCAAGAUCAACCAUGCUAAGGCUCAGCUUGGAAAGAAGUAACACACUUCACGGACGCUUCUCACAAUCCUCAGUUGGAACUCUGUCUGGCUUGGUAUUCAGUUGUGGGUUGCCUGCUUGAGAUUGGAAAAAGAUUUGUGCAGCUGCCCAGCUCUAAGCAAGAUCAUUGACGCAGAAAUGCCACAAAACGUUGGCUUGUUGCAAAGACAGGAUUGCUGGGGAGAAGUUUGGUCACAGUGGCACUGCCUUCCUGCCUUCCCCUCUCCUUUCAGAUUUGCACUGACUACAGAUGGACAGCUUUUUGUGCAAAAGUGUUACAAACUCCCAAUCAUCCCUUUCUCGUUUAUUUUCUUUCCAUCGCCUAUGUCUUUCCCCUUCCUCUGACAGUUUGCACCAUAUUGUUCCAAUUUCCCUGCCUUUCCAUGGCUUCCAAGUCAACAGGGCCAAACCCACACACCGUUGUACUGUAGUUUGGUUCCUCUGCUCCCAAGCUCUUUGGUCUUCCAGGGGUUUUGGACUGCAGCUCCCAGAAGCCUCAGACAUCUUGGCCAAUGGUCAGGGAUUCUGGGAGCUGAAGUCCAAAACCUGGAAGCCAGUUUGGGCAUUGCUGCCUGCUCCACCAAACUAUUGGGUCCCCUUCUUCUCACCUUGACCCUCCUGUCUAGAGAAAAUAAAUCAUCUGCCUCUCCUCCCUUACCUUCUCAUAACUUUCCUUCCACCUGUGUCUUCUCACAGCACCCACAUUUGUGCGCCUGGAUUGUGGCAGCCUUUGCAUUGCUUUGCAGAAGAACUAACAUGCUGUUUCUCUGACUUUAAUGUUGUCCUUUGGGUAGGCAUUAAAUCUGCAAACGGAGGGGCUGAAAGGAUGCUCAGCUAUGUGUGGGGGGAAUUUCAAGCCUGAUUUUGCAGGGGGCAAAAGCUGAGUUUAAAGGGACCAAAACACACUGCAGAAAUAAUUCGGUUUGAGACCACUUUAACUGCCCAGGCUUAGUGCUUGAGAAUCCUGGAAAUUGUAGUUUAUUGUGGCACCAGAGCUCUCUGACAUGUCUCACAAAAAUACAGUUCCCAGAAUUCCCUAGCAUUGAGCCAGGGCAGUUAAAGUGGUCUCAAAUUGGAUUAUUUCUGCAGUGUGUUUUGGACCAAAGGUGCCCUCUUGAAACAGCCUAACUGCACUGGGAACGUCUCUCCAGGGCUGGUUUCACCUGUAGAUUUGCAAAGCAAGAACAUUCUUUGUGGAAGGAAACCAUUAAAAACCUGUUCAGAUCCUUGGAGA